CGGCGGCGGCGGGGGCGGGGGCCGCCCUUCCUCCCACCCCCACGCCCCGUCGACCCGCUGGGCGGAAGCUUCCCGGGAGCUCCUCACGCCCGCGCGAUGGCGACUGCCGCGGAGACCGAGGCCUCUUCGACGGACGCGAGCUGGGAGAGCGGCGGCGGCGGCGACGACGGGAUGAAGCCUGCGCUUCCGGAGCUUGAGUCCUCUCCACAAGAUGGCGGCGGCGGCGGCUCCUCCACCUCCACCGCGGAGCUCGGCGGCGGCGGCGGCGGCGGCGGUGGCGGUGGCGGUGGCGGUGGCGCUGGCGCGGGGCCUGAGGAGACGGCGGCAGCCGAAGCCGCCCGGAGCCACAGCCACGAGCAGCCUCAGCACACCUCCGAGGCGGCCGCGGCCGCUCUCCCCAAAGGCGCCGAAGAGCCCGAAAGGCCUGUUAGGCGGAGUUUUCAGAUCCCCAGGAAGAGCAGAGAAAAGAAAGCACUUUUCCAGCAAUUAACUCCAGGUUCUAGAGAAUUUGAAGAUGUUUUAAAUAUUCUCCAUUCAUCUUACCUUGAGCCAUCCUCAGUAACAAAUUUUAACUAUAGACGAGCUUGCUUGAUACAUAAUGACCUUUUGGAAAAAGAGUUUACAGAAAAGAGAAGAGAACUGAAGUUUGAUGGUCGUUUGGAUAAGGAACUUUCAGAAUCUUACGCAUUUCUCAUGGUUGAUCGAUACCAGGUUCAAAGCAUAUGUGAAAAAGGAUUGCAGGUGGGCCAGUCCAAAAUAACUAUUCUGGGCAGUCCUUCCAUGGGUAUAUAUCUGUGUAGAUAUGCAGAUCUCUUACAGGCUAAUCCUUUGGAAGCUGGGGCAGUGGGUGAUGUUGUUAUUUUUAAAAUAAUGAAGGGUAAAAUAAAGAGUGUUUAUGAUCCUCUGAGUGUAAAAAGCUUGGAACCUAUGUUAAGUAAAAAUGCUUUGGAUCCUACACCAAAGCAUGAAUGUCAUGUGUCUAAAAAUGCCAGUAGAAUUACAUCCCUUUUGGCUUACAGAGCCUAUGAGCUUACUCAGUAUUAUUUUUAUGAGUAUGGCUUUGAUGAACUAAGACGGAGACCAAGACAUGUUUGUCCAUAUGCAGUUGUGUCUUUUACUUACAAAGAUGAUAUACAAACUCCAAAGUUUGUGUCUUCACUGAGAUCUAACAGCUUUAAUGCAGAUAGAAACAUAGAAAAAUGUAACUACACCUUGUGGAAAGGACAACUUUUAAAUAAAGGAAAGCUUCUAUGUUACAUUUCUUUGAGGUCGGCCACUCGUGCCUUUUUGCCUGUCAAGCUUCCUGAGAAGUUAGAUGUUGAAACAGUUAUGAGUAUUGAUUGUUUGAAACAGAAAAUUCCUCCUGCAUUGCUUUAUAAAGACACAUACUUGGGUCCUAAUGAAGUUUUAAAGAAUGGGAUGUACUGUAGCCUUUAUGAAGUUGUCGAAAAGACAAGAAUUGGAAGUAACAUGGAGUGUUUACUGCAAAAACUGGAGAAAGAAAAACUUGUUCUUGUAAAACCUUUAGGAGACCGAGGAUACCUUUUUCUUCUUUCUCCUUACCAGAUGAUUUCUCCAUAUGAACAUCAGACUGUCAAGUCUCGAAUCCUACAUGCUUUGUUUCUGUUUCAAGAACCUAGAUGCCUAAUUAUCACACAGAAAGGUGUAACGAAUCCAGCACCACAGGAGAAACAUGAGAGCAUAUCAGAUAUAUUAAAAAUAACUCAGUUUUUACAGUUUGCUUUAAUUCAGUGUCGAAAAGAAUUCAAAGAUAUAAACACUAUAAAUUUUCAUUCUGUUGUUGAGAAGUACGUAAGUGAAUUUUUUAAGCGAGGUUUUGGUUCAGGUAAGCGGGAAUUUUUCAUGUUUUCAUACGAUUCACGAUUAGAUGAUAAAAAAUUCCUAUACUCGGCACCAAGAAAUAAAUCUCAUAUUGACGACUGCUUACAUACCUACAUUUUUCAGCCAGAAAUGUAUCAGUUACCUAUUUUUAAAUUAAAAGAGUUAUUUGAAGAAAAUCGAAAACGUCAACAAUUUAGUCCACUUUCAGAUUAUGAAGGUCAAGAAGAAGAAAUUAAUGGUUCAAAAAUGAAAUUUGGAAAACGAAAUGGCUCAAGGGGUGAAACUACUGAACCUGUACAGCAGAAGUCAUCUCAUUCUUUAGAUUAUGAUAAGGAUAGAGUCAAAGAAUUGAUUAAUUUAAUUCAAUGUACCAAAAAAAAUGUGGGUGGGGACCCAGAUACAGAAGAUCCUAGAAGCAAAAGUAUCUUGAAGAGGAAGCUUGAGGAUCUACCUGAAAAUAUGAGAAAGUUCGCCAAAACCAGCAAUUCAUCUGAUAAUUAUCAUCUAUAUGAAGAGUCUCCACAAUCCAUUGGCUUACUUGGACAUGAUCCUAACUUGAGACUGCAGCAAGAAGAGGCAUGUAACACUGGAGACGUCCACAAGAUUUAUAAUUGGUUAUCAGAAGCACUAGCAAAUGCACGACACUCAGAUGCAUUCCUGACAGAUACAGUCAACAAGGCCUUAGGAUUGAGUAGUAGUAGUACCUGUGAAGAGCUAAGACAAAAGUGUGAAUAUGAGUUGAAUCCUGCUUUAGAUAAGAAAGACUGUGAGCAGCAUACUUGUACAAAAAUUGAAAACGUCCAUUUUAAGGGUGCUCAAAGCCCACUGCUAGAAGUUGAUGCAGCAUCUGUACAGUACCCUACUCUUCUUUCUACCAGUGAGGAUCCACAUUUAAUUAAUGUCAAUAAUUUUGAAGAGUGCAGUCUCUGUCCCACUGUGUCCAUUGAGCAUGGGUUCCGUACGCAGCAUUCUAAGUCAAAUGAUGAAGAGGAGACAGAAAUACAUUGGAAAUUGAUUCCAAUUACAGGAGGGAAUGCAAGAAGCCCAGAAGACCAGCAUGGGAAACAUGGUGAGAAACAAACACCAGGAAUGAAAUCACCAGGAGAACAACUGGUGUGUCUACCACCAGCGGAAGCCUUUCCUAAUGACCCUCGGGUAAUAAAUAGAGAAAGAAGUUCCGAUUACCAGUUUCCAUCCUCUCCGUUUACAGACACUGUAAAGGGCACCACUGAGGAGGACCUGUUGACAGGUCAAGUGGUGACAGUGGAAGAGCAGUGUGUGCCAGCAGCAGAGCCUCCUACAGUGAGCGAAACCACAGAGAACACAGUAUUAGGAGAGUUCCAUCUCUUUUCUAGAAAAAUAGAAGAGAUUCUGAAGCAAAAGAAUGUUUCAUAUGUUAGUACAAUUUCCACACCUAUUUUUUCAGCACAAGAGAAGAUGAAUCGCCUUUCUGAGUUCAUAUAUUCUAAGACUUCAAAAGCUGGUGUACAGGAAUUUGUAGAUGGUUUGCACGAAAAACUAAAUACUAUUAUUAUUAAAGCAUCAGCUAAGGGUGGGAAUUUGCCACCAGUAAGCCCUAGCCAUUCCCAUACAACAGCAUUGACUCCUCUGGGAAGGCAUGUUGUAUCCAUUUCCUCAAGUGACUUCAGCAGUAAAGACCUUUUUGAGCCACUGUGUCCUGAACCUUUAAAAGAUAACAGUUCUAAUGAGCAGUAUUCCUCUUCGCUUCAAGUAGAAAUGAACCAGCCACACCACUGCAAGGAGUUCAUGUUGACUUCUGAUCAUACUGUACCUGGUGAUACUGCCCUGGAACCAGUAGAAAAAGAAAUAGCAAAAUCACCCAGCGAUAUAAACAUUUCUGCACAACCAGCUCUUUCAAAUUUUAUAAGCCAAUUAGAACCCGAAGUAUUUAAUAGUUUGGUUAAAAUAAUGAAAGAUGUACAGAAAAAUACUGUGAAAUUUUACAUUCAUGAAGAAGAGGAAAGUGUGCUUUGCAAAGAAAUAAAGGAGUAUCUUACCAAAUUAGGCAAUACAGAAUGUCACCCAGAUCAGUUUUUGGAAAGAAGAUCAACCUUAGAUAAACUAUUGAUUAUUAUUCAAAAUGAAGACAUUGCAGAUUUCAUUCACAAGGUACCUGGCUUGGUGACUUUAAAGAAGCUCCCAUGUGUUAGUUUUGCUGGUGUUGAUAGCCUGGAUGAUGUUAAAAAUCAUACAUACAAUGAGUUAUUUGUGUCUGGUGGCUUUAUUGUGUCUGAUGAAUCAAUUCUAAAUCCAGAGGUUGUCACAAUUGAGAGCCUGAAAAAUUUUUUGACAUUCCUUGAAGAACUUAGUACUCCAGAAGGGAAAUGGCAAUGGAAAAUCCACUGUAAAUUCCAGAAGAAACUGAAGGAACUGGGCAGAUUGAAUACUAAAGCUCUGAGUCUGCUGUCUCUUCUAAAUGUAUAUCAGAAGAAACAUCUGGUUGAGAUUUUGUCAUACCACAAUUGUGAUUCACAAACUCGAAAUGCUCCAGAAAUGGACUGCCUUAUCAGGCUUCAGGCUCAGAACAUACAGCAGCGACACAUAGUCUUUCUAACAGAGAAGACUAUCAAGAUGGUUUCCAGUUAUACAGAUAAUGGAAUUGUAGUUGCAACUGCUGAAGACUUUAUGCAAAACUUUAAAAGUCUUGUGGGAUAUCAUAACUCAGUCACAGAAGAAAGUCUUCCGCUGCUUGGUGCUAUUGAGAAUCUUGAGUCACAGUCAGCUCUUUUAGAAAACGGUGAAAAGGAUGAAGAGGAUAUGUCUCUGGAUUCAGGGGAUGAAAUCUCACAUAUAGAAGUAUUCAGCAGUUUUCAUUCAGAAAUAUUGGCGAGAGAGACCAAAGGAUCAAGUGGAACAGAUCAAAAACAGAAUAUUCAAAUUGAAUUGCAGUCAUCUCUUGACGUGCAAAAAAGUUUAUUAGAAGAUAAGACUUACCAAAUUGAUUGUGAAGAGAGAGCUCCUAUUGAUAGAGUAUGCUCUGAAGGAGAGAACAGCAAUUCAGCCGAACAAGAUUCAUAUAGCAACGGUCAGGCUUAUCAAAAUCAAUUAAAAAUGUCCCAUCAGUUUAGUCAUUUUAAUGUUCUCACUCAUCAGACGUUUCUGGGGACACCAUAUGCCCUUUCAUCAACUCAGUCUCAAGAAAAUGAAAAUUACUUUAUAUCUGCUUACAAAAACUUGGAUAGAGAGAAAUCUCCAUUAAGUUAAGGAUGUGUCCAAAGAUAAAUUACAGUAAAACCCCCACCACCACCACACCAAAAAAGAAAAAGAAAAAAAUAGGUUGUUGUGGACUUUUUCCAGUUUCUUAAAAGUGUGAAUUGAUGAUUUAAAAACAAAUUUCCUAACCUUUAUGAGAUGUUUUUUUCUUUCCCACUUAAAUCAUGAUGGCCUGUAACA